AUGCCUGAAGCAUCCACUGGCGCAGGUCUUCUGGAAAACUGGAAAUGUCUCCUCGCAUGCACCCUCGUCUCAAUGAGUCCGUUCCAGUAUGGCAUUGAUUUCGGUGCCAUUGGCGGUCUACAAGCGAUGCCAGGCUUCCUAGAGGUCUUUGGACACAAGGACCCAAGUACGCCCCUUGGAUACAACAUCUCUCCCGGACGCCAGCAACUCAUCUCUUCCCUCAUGACUCUUGGCGCCUUCAUCAGCUCCUCCGGCGCAGGCUUCUUCGCAACCUGGCUCGGCCGCCGGCAGUGUCUCUGGCUGGCAUCUAUCCUCUGCUGCGCAUCAAACGUGAUCAUGAUGGCUACCACAAACCUUUCUGGGCUGUAUGCCGGGCGCUUUCUCAUUGGGCUCGCGAAUGGAUGGUAUAUGACCUUUGCGCAGCUGUACAUUCAGGAGAGCGCACCCGCCCGCUACCGCGGUCUCAUGAUCUCCGUUUUCCAAUCGUGGACCUCAAUCGGGACCCUCAUUGGCACUGUCGUCGACAACGCAACGCACGCGCUCCCCGGAAAAACAUCCUACCUGAUCCCGCUCGGCAUCAUCUAUAUCGUACCGGUAUUCAUGUCUAUCGGGUUGUUUUUCAUCCCCGAGUCGCCUCGCUGGCUGGUCCUGGUAGAGCGCAACGAAGAAGCGCGCAAAUCGCUGCUAUGGAUGCGGCCAAACCAGGGCGCCGUUGGAGAGGAGCUCGAAGAGAUUCACGCUGCUAUUCUCGCGGAGAAGGAAGUCGCAAGCUCGGCAUCCUUCAUCGACAUCAUCAAAAACCCUGUUGAUCGCCGCAGAACACUUCUCGCAGUCGCAUCGGUGUCCAUCCAGGCCGCGUCUGGCGCCAUGUUCAUGAUUGCGUAUGGCACCUAUUUCUUCGAGAUGGCGCACGUCGGCAACGCCUUCCAGAACUCUUGCAUCCUCACCGCCGUCGGCGUCCUCGUCAUUAUCAUCAACAGCUGCGUCAUCUCCAAGAUCGGGCGGCGCCGCGUCUUCCUCAUGAUCGGCAUGACCGUCUGCGGCAUCUCGCAAUUCAUCGUGGCCGCCGUGUACCACGUCCAGCCCGGCACCGUGCGCACGGGGAAGGUCAUCGUCGCCAUGUCGGUCAUCUACAUCUGCGGGUACAACGGCAUGGUAUCGACCUACGCGUGGCUUGCGGGCGGCGAGAUUCCCUCGCAGCGUCUGCGGUCGUACACGUUUGGGCUCGCCGCCGCGGUCGGGUUCGCAGGCGCGUGGCUAGCCACCUUCACCGCGCCGUACUUCAUCAAUCCCGAUGCGCUCAACUGGGGCCCAGAAUACGGCUGGAUCUGGGGCCCCUCGUGCCUCAUCACCGUCGUCUGGAUCUACUUCUUCCUCCCGGAGAUCAAGAACCGAACGCUCGAAGAGGUCGACGAGAUGUUCGAGGCAAGAUUGCCUGCGCGCAAGUUCAGGAAGUAUGUGUGCGUCGGGCGGCAUGUGAGCGACGAGAAGGUCAUUAGUGAGCGGGAUGGCGUGGUGGAGGAGCGGAAGAGCACCGUGGAGACGGUGUGGACGGAUCGGAAGGCGGUCGCGGAGGCGACGGUGCAUAUUGAAUAG